GCGCUGACAUCUUGAAUCACGUGAUAACCAAUCCAGCACACCAUUGGUCGUUUUACAUAUUCCCUUUCCAGGACGUGCAACUGCUGCAGAAUGGCUAGUCAAGAAGAGAGAGAGGCAUUUGUGACAUUAGCUACAAAUGAUACGUAUGCAUUAGGAUGUUUGGUGUUGGGAUCAUCAUUACGACGUGCAGGAACAACCAGGCAGUUGGCUGUUAUGGUGACACCUGGUGUUUCACAAUCAUUAAGAGACCAGUUAUCAAGAGUAUUUAAUUUAGUAUAUGAUGUAGAUUUACUAGACAGUCAAGAUCCUACAAAUCUUCAAUUAUUAGGCCGUCCAGACCUCAAUGUUACAUUCACAAAGUUCCAUUGUUGGAGACUUACUCAAUAUGAUAAAGCAGUAUUCCUAGAUGCAGAUACUCUGGUCUUACAAAAUGUAGAUGAAUUAUUUAACCGAGAAGAAUUAUCAGCAGCCCCUGAUGCUGGGUGGCCAGAUUGUUUUAAUUCAGGUGUAUUUGUGUUCAAACCAUCAGAACAAACAUAUAAUGCCAUUCUGCAGUUUGCUUUAGAUCAAGGCAGUUUUGAUGGUGGAGAUCAAGGAUUACUCAAUAUGUUUUUUCGUCAAUGGGCUACCGAAGACAUAUCACGGCAUCUACCAUUUAUAUAUAAUGUUGUGUCACAAGCUUUCUACAGUUAUCUUCCAGCUUUCAAACAGUUUAAAAAUAAUGUAAAAAUAGUUCACUUUAUUGGUGCUACAAAACCGUGGCAUCAGCCAUUUAAUACCUCAUCAGGGGAGGUAACCCCACUUCCAGAUUCUGGCCACAACGCAGAAUUUCUACAGUUAUGGUGGACAAUAUUUAUGGAAGAUGUACAACAAACGCUUGAUCCAAAUCUGAAAACAAAUAACCAUAAGAAUAACAGGAUGAGCAUGCUAACAACUUCGCAGCAGAAAAAGCUUUUCAAUCGUGAAGUUCAACAACCCAAACCAAAUUUCCAGUCCGUAUUCCCUUUUAUACCUCCUACAGUGGAGAAUGUAUUUUAUCAAGAAAAUCCUGACACCUUGUCCGAAAAAGGUAGUAAACCACUUCUAAUGGACAUUCCAAGGUCAUAUACGACAUUAGAGGGCCACUAUGCUGAGGAACCAAUGACCACUUUAGAUUCAAGUUCCCCUUCAUCUCAUAUAUAUGAUGCCCCAAAGGUUGUGCAAACGUGGACCAAUAACAAACAACAAAGUGGGCAGCAUAAUGAACAUAUUGACAUUCAAAGUGCUAAUUAUUGUGGUCAUACUGACAAUAAUGUCCAUGUGAAGGACCAUAGUGAUAAUCAUGAAAAAAUAAAUACUGAUAAUAGGGCAACUCAAGAACAGUUAAAUCCAAACAAUUGUUCUGGAGAGAAUCCAACAGAAAAUGUUAAUAUUAUAAACUCUGAGGAGAAAGCCAUGUCAGAGGAGGGAUUAAUAGGACAGCUUGCAACAUUGAAGAUUUCAAGAGACCAAGGACAAGAAGGUUCUGCAUCUGCUUUGUCAAGUGGUGAAAGAAAGUUAAACUGGGAAAAGGGACAGAUUGAUUACUUAGGUGAAGAUUCAUUUGUAAACAUUCAGAAAAAACUAGAAGAAUCCCUAAGUAAACCUGCAGAACCCCAUAAACCAGCUACUAGUCCAUUUUCUAGACGUUCACCUACUGAGGAAACUGCUGAGACUGCUGAGCCUACAAAGGAAUCAAAAGAACCUUGUGAAUAAACAGUAUGCAUGCAAAUCAGCAGAAAUCCAUGCCAGAGGAAGCUUUGAAACCAACUAACAGUCAAGUAUAUACAUUGUUUUAAUACAUGUAAUUUUAGGUACAACUUAUAUAAUUUGUAAGCAUUAUUUGUUAUGUCACUUGUUGCAAACCAUAUAACUGUAAGUUGUGCAUAUGUAUUUUGUCAGCAUAUGGUUUUAUUAGUGUUUAAAUUAUGAGAGAUUUAUAAUUAAACAUGUUUAAAUUUCUGAUUUAUUUUCAGUUAAAUCAUAAAUGAAAAGAAGGUAUCAAAUAUUUAUAUAAUAGUUUUUUCUAAUAUGUAUUGAAUAAUUAUUUUUAUGUAGAAAUUAUGUUAACUAUUUAUCUGUAGAUACUUUUGCAUGCAACUUGAAAAAAAAAUUAUGUUGUGAAGAAACCUCAAAAUUAAUAAAUGCAUCAUGCCAUUGUUAACAAGAAAUUAGAAUAUUAUUUUUUUGUCUAAUAUAUAGCGAUAGAAAUUUUAAAACAUGUACAAGUAAGCCAGCUAAAUCGAUAAUUUAUAAUAGCAACUUCUGUGAUAAACCAUAGGUUUACUUGUGUGUGUACUUUGGAAUUUCAUUACUCUUAAUCGUGAAAAAAAUAGCAGCUUUGAACUGUCUUGAUAUCAUGAAAUAAUCAUCAUAUGUAACAAAAAAACUAGUAAAUCUUUCAAAUUUUUUCAAGGACUUGUAGUAUUAAGAUUGCUUUAAAUGAUUUCAGCCUUAAAAAUAUGAAGUAGUAUCUACAUGUAAAUUGAAAUUUUGUUUUUGUUAUCUUGACCAGUUUUUCUAGACAUAAAAGAGUUUGCACUUUAUUUUAAAUUGACUUACACAUUUGUUUUAAAGAUUAUUUUUUUUAAACAGUUUGGAUAAAGAUUUGAAAUACAAGCAUAUUAAAUGUCCUUGAUAAACUUAGAUCAAUGACUUGGCAUCAGUAUUUUUUUUUUUAUAUUUGUUGUUUUUUGUUUGUUAGUUGACAUUUGUGUUAUUAUGCUGACAAUCUUCAAUGCUCAGGAUUAAAACAAUUAUUAAGAAAUACUUCUAUGUUUUAUAAAAGUAAUAAGAUGAAUGUUAGUUAAACAUGAUGUUGUAUAAAAUGUGCCAUAUAACAUCAAAUUAGGUAUGCCCUGUAUUAUAUGGCAAAAUUUUGUACACAUGAUUAUUGCUAGUACAUUUAUAGUUUCUUGUGGUAUAGCUAUAUAGUAGUUUGAAGGUGGAUCACAAAACAAGACUCAUGUAUGCUCUAGUUUUUUAUAGUUCCAUAUAUGUACAAGAGGUAUUUGUAUUGAAUAAAAUUUAAUGAAGUUGUACACAUUUGUAUUCAAACUAACCAUGGCAUGGUAUAUAGAUAUUUGCAAUAGAUAGACGGCAGCAUCCCUGUAACUUACUUCAAUUUUCCACAACACUCAAAAACAUGCAAGAUAAUUUAUUAUUAGUAUUAUUUCUUUGGUCAAUGAUAGAAGAAGAAAAAAAAACAGAAAACUCUACAUCCAAGAUAACAAAUCGGUUUAUAGAGGCUCGCAUUAAAUCAAUUCUGUCAAUGCAGCUUAAAUGUGUAACAUUAAUGCUUUUUUAAAUAUUUGGACAAGACCAGAGAGAAAAAUUAAAGGAAAGUCAUAUGCUGGCUUAGCUUUGUAAAACUUUUUAUUUUUUGUAUCUUUGCAUGACAGACUAUAUUUAAACUCUGUAGUAUCUGAAUAUUUAUAAGGAUUAAUGUGUGAAAAUCCAAAUGUAUUUCUAUAUAUCUCUUUUUUAAGUCAUUAGCAGAUUUUGUAAAAAUAAAAGUGUUGUAUUUCAUUUAAUCACUUUGAAAAAAUGUUGUACUUUUAUUUAUGGUAAUUUUAAUUUUGUGUUUUUAUUGUGCUUAAAAUUUUGGAACCUGGAAAAGCCUCUUAAGAUCAUUUUAAUAAAAAAAAAUUAAAUAACUGGAAAUUUAAUCUUUAAUAUGAAUAAUUGUUUCAAAAUUCAUAAUUCUUUGAUAGAUAUGCAAUCAUGUGCUGUUAUAAUGCACACUAGAGCACAAACCUGCAAGACCAUAUGUGCAACUUGAAAAAAUCAUUUUCAUACUACACUUUAGUUGUUUUGAAUGUAUUCAAUGUUAUAACAAUAUAAAGUAACUGGUUGAAAUCGCUGGUUAGACCUGAGUAAUGUCUUCUCUCAUUGAAAUGAGCAUUAGUUAACUUGUAUUGACUGAUGUAGGGAAUGUAAUUUAUCAAAAUUCUGAUGGUUUCAUAGAGGAUUUUCUUUUUCAUAAAAAAUAGAUCUUCUAUAACUUAUUUUUUUAAAAUUGCCUUAGAUUUUGUCUGAAUUAAACUGAUCAAUCAAAUUUAUUUUUGUGCAUACAUUUGAGAUUAUGAAAUCAUGAAUAGUGCAACAACAUUGGACUAAAUUUUUUGACAGCCUCUUGCCAUAUUAAAUUUUAAUAUUUUUGCAGAUUCAAAUAAAAUGUGCAUGCUAUACCUCUUACCAAAGCUAGUUUCAAUAAGAGAUAAAUAAACAAAUAUUUGUCAUACCAAAUUUAUAUCCAUUUUAUCAUUUUAAGGUGUUUUUGGUGCUUGUGAGUUCUGACAUAUGCAUAAUUAUUUUAUAUCAAGGUGGUUGUAGGAGAAUAGAUGUUUUAUUUGCAACAAAUAGCUGUAGAUCCUUGAUUUCUCCUGGAGGCAAAAGAUUCCUGCCUUGUUAAUUGUUAUGGAGGUUUCUAUAUCUGUUGAACAGGUCUGAAGAAGACCUCCAGGACUGUUAUGAUAUAUAAACAAUAAAUAUUGAAAUCUUA